AUGGUGCUCGGCAUGAGCCCCAAGCGGGCCUACAAUUGGUUCAUCUCGAUGGUGGCAGCAGCAUGCAUGGUGCUUUACGGCUACGAUGCAUCUGUUUUCAACUCGGUUCAGGGUUCAAAAAACUGGUUAGCCUAUUUCAAUAAUCCGAACGCAGCGACAAUCGGCUCAAUCAAUACUGCGUACACUGUUGGCGCCAUCUUUGGCGGGUUCUUCGUUGGAGGGCCGGUGGCCGACUACUUUGGUCGCAAAGUUGGAAUGGCCACUGGCUGUGUCCUGGUUAUCGCUGCUACAUUUAUGCAGACUUUUGCUCCUCGCCAUAGUCUUGCUUGUUUCCUGGCAGGCAGAUGUAUCAUCGGUAUUGGCCAGGGAAUUGCCUUGACCGCUGGACCAAUUUACAUUGGCGAGCUGUCUCCGCCGGAGAUCAGAGGAAAAAUUAUGACCUUCUGGCAGAUGUUCUACUCUGUCGGGUCAUUCAUCUGCUUCUGGAUCAACUAUGCCUGCACAAAGAACGUUGAGAAGCUGGGUGAGUGGGAUUGGAAGCUGGUCGUCAUUUUCCAGCUCUUGGUCCCUAUUUUGAUUCUUGCGCUUCUCCCGACCAUGCCUGGUAGCCCUCGUUGGUUCAUCAAACGUGGAAACAACAUCGAGAAGGCACGGUCCGCUCUGAGAAGAGUUCGAGACACCGAUGAGGGGGUAGAGGACGAAAUUCUUCAGAUCCGCGAGGCCAUUGAGUACGAAAAAGAGGCCAUCUCUGGCAACUAUAGCGCUCUGUGGAAGGACAAGUCUCUCCGCAAACGCAUGCUCCUCGCACUCGUCAUCAAUGCUGGCCAGCAACUUACUGGACAAGGCUCACUUAACUCGUACUCCACCAAGAUCUACCAAAAAGUGUUCACCAGCGACAGCCAGAUUGCCUUGAUCAACGCCCUCAAUGCUACUUUCGGUAUCCUCUUCACCCUCAACGCUGUCUGGAUUAUCGAUCGAUUUGGAAGAAAAUUCCUCCUGAUUGCCGGUGGUAUCGGAAUGGGUAUUUGCAUGAUCAUUGUCUCCGCUGUCGAAACUGAAACGCCAAAUUUGGCCAACGGAGCGAAAUCAACACCGGUUGGCAUAUCGAUUGUAUUCCUUCUAUUCCUAUUCAUCUUCUUCUACAAACCAUCAUGGGGCGCAACUGUCUGGAUUUGGACCUCUGAGGUCUUUUCCAUGAAUGUGAGAGCGCAAGCAGUCGGAAUGGCCUCGCAAACGCAAAACGUCGCCAACACCAUCUUCCAGCAAUUCUUCCCUAUUUUCCUCGACAACGACGGCUUCUACGCAUUCUAUAUGUUUGCCGGAAUCAACUUCUUGUUGGCACUGUUCGUCUUCUUCUUCAUUCCGGAGACUAAGCAGGUUCCGCUCGAGGAGAUUGAUGCUCUGUUCGGUGGCGCCAACCACGUUGUGCAAGGCGAAGAGGUUCUUGCACAGCAGAAGGGAAUUCAAGUUACUCACGAGACACAAGAAAAGCCUGAUUCCGUCACUGUUGAGAACGUCGAGACUCGCAGCGAGUUCCGCUGA